CAAAUCAUAGGUCGUGCCUUCAAAUAACCAGGAAAGCCUAACUACUACACAGAUGGAGAUCUAAAGGAACAAACAGUUCGAUAUUUCAGCUGAGCGAAACUUGGCAUUUGAAUUAUUGUGUGAUAGUUUUACGCUACAUAAUUGAGCAUUUCAACGAUACGCGCAAAUAUUUGAGUCGUUUUGGCAGACAGGUUAAGCUAUCUAUGAAUUUAUCUGCAUAGUUCGGAUAUAUUCAAAAUUGUCUUAAUAUGACGCUUGUGUUAGUGAUUGUUGCCUAUUGCUUUCCGUAGUGAAUGCUUCACGCUAUUUUGCAUGCUCAACUAGCACACAAAAUACUUUCUGACUUGACACGAACCGCUACAGUUGUAUGCCAUGGAACCUCCACAUGUGCUUAUCCCAAGCCCAAUAUUUCAUAAAAGAAACAGAACCAAGUCUCAAUCAGAAGGUGCCUCUAAAGGAGAGUAUGGUAUUGGGAAAAUAAUUAGCUUUUGUCGUGAUAAAGGACAUGGUUUUAUUAAACCUGAUAACAGUGAUGAUUGUCUUUUCGUGCAUGUUUUUGAUAUCGACGGUGAAUACGUGCCUAUCGAGGGAGACGUUGUGGAAUAUCGUAAGAUGCUCAUUCCUCCGAAGAAUGAAAAGUACCAAGCAGUUCACGUUAGAAUAGUCAACCUUAGUUCAGAAAAGCAUAAAACCUGGGAUGAACCAGCCUAGUUCUACUUUUAAUUCAAAUAACUGACCUCUUGGCUGGUAUUUUCAAAAACCGGUCAUAUAUAUAUAUAUAUAUAUAUAUAU